AUGCUCCAUGAAUGGAGAAGCUACGUUCGAAGCUUUAAGUACACUUUAGAAACCUCAUCUAGCCGCGAUAUUUCCAUCAUUAUCGAUGCAGAUAAGAGGCCUUCGGGCGAACACUUACGCCGUUACAAUGCUCCCUCAUGCAAUGAGGUUGCUGUGCUACGCCAUGGUGAUCAACAUAAACCUCGAGAUAUUGUUCUUCACUGUCGGAACAGCCAAUUACAACGCAUAAGUGAAACCCACCGCUCAUACGACGCACUCCAGUACCCGCUUCUUUUCCCAUAUGGAGAUGAUGGGUAUCAUGUUGGGAUUCCUCAGUACGGGCCUGGCACUAACUCAUCGGUAACCACGAAAACUGUAUCCUGUUAUGUCUACCCUUCAUUCCGUGAGGCCUGCUUUAGGCGCGGCCUUCUUCAAGAUGACACGCAAUGGGAUUCUACCUUAGCAGAGGGCGUCCUUUUGAGAUCUGGCUGUCUCCGGUAUCUAUUCGCAAUACUUCUUCAGUGGUACGAAGUAACCGACCCAAAUUGUUUAUGGGAGCGCUACAAAGACCACAUGUCAGAAGAUUUCCUACGUCAAGCUCAGUCCCAUAAUCCUGACAUCCAGGUUACAUUCAGCGGGAUAAUAUACAACAGGGCACUAGUUGUACUCGAAGACAAUCUUCUAGAGGGAGGUGGUAGUACACUUGCGACAUAUGGCUUACCACCUAUACAUCGUGAACGCGUUAGUGAUCUUUCCACUGAUUUGUUGAGGGAGACGUCAUAUAACGUCGAGGAGCUUGAGAUUUAUUUUGCGGAGAACUUCUUCCUGAACAGAGAGCAGCCUUCGAUGCUAUCGUUGACUCCGUACGGUACCAAACGGGUGGUAUUUUCUUUCUCGAUGCUCCCUGGGGUACAGAAUACAAAGCUCGCGAAUAAUAUCACUUUCCAUUUCUUUAAAAAUCCGCGUUUUCUUGGCGAAACGAAAAAGACUUCGCAGCCACUGCAAGCAUCAUUAAUUAUUUCUUCUUCUUCUUCUUCUUCUUCUUCUUCUUCUUCUUCUUUAUCUACUUCUUCCUUCUUUUUUCAUCUUCUUCUUUCUUCUUCUUCGUUUUACUUUUUUCUUCUUCUCCUCCUACCUUAUUCUUCUACUUCUUGUUUCUUCUUUUUUCUUCCUUCUUCUUCUUGCUUCUUCUUCUUUCUUGCUCUUCUUUCUUCUUUGUUCUUCUUAUCCUUUCUUCUCCUUCCUCUUGUUUUUCCUUCUUCUUACUUCUUCUCCCUUCUCCUUCAUCUUCCUUCUUCUUCUUUCUUCUUCUUCUUCAUAGUUCUUUUUAUUCCUUCUCUUUUCUUCUUUUCUUCUUCUUGGUUUUCUUCCUUCUUUUUUCAUCAUCUCCUUUAUUAUUCUUCUUCUUUGUUUUACUCUUUCUUCUUCUUCUACUUUAUUCUUCUACUUCUUCUUCUUCUUUCUUCUUCCUUCUCCUUUUUUUAUUCUUAUUCUUCCUUCUUCUUCUUUCUUGCUCUUUUUUCUUCUUCCUUCUUCUUAUCCUUUCUUCUUUUUCCUUCUUUGCUCCUCUUCUUUUUUUUUCAUCUUCCUUCUUCUCCUUUCUUUUUCUUCUUCUUAAUAGUUCUUUUUAUUAUUUCUCCUUUCUUCUUGUUCUUCUUCUUUUUUCCUCUUUCUUCUUCUUCCUCUUCUUCUCCUUCUUCUUCUUCUUCUUCUUCUGCUUGUUAUUCUUCUUUCUUCCGUCUUCUUCUUCCUUCUUUUUUCUUUUUCUUUCUUCUUAUUCUUUCUUCUUCUUCUUCUUCCGUCCUUUUCUUCUUUCUUUUUUUUCUUACUCCUUUUUCCUCCUUCUUUUGCUUCCUCCUUCUUCUCCGAUUUCUUUCAUAUUCCUUCUUCUUCUUUUUCUUCUUCUUCGUCGGCAUUCUUCUUCCUUCUACUUUUUUCAUUAUUCAUUCUUUCCUCUUCAUCUUCUUCUUUCUUCUUCAUUCUUUUUCUUCUUCUUUCUUCUUCCUUCUACUUUCUUCUUUUUCUCCUUCUUCCUCCUUCUCCUUUCUUCUUCUUCCUUCUUCUUUCCUCUUCUUUUUCCUCCUUUUUUUCUUUUUAUUCUUCUUCUUCCUUCUUCUACCUUCUCCUUCUUCCUUAUUUUUCUUCUUCUCUCUAUUUAUUCUUAUUUCUUCUUCUUCUUCUUCUUCCUUAUUCUUCUUCUUACUCCUUCCUAUUCAUUCUUCUUCUUCUUUCUUUUUAUUCCUUCUUCUUCUUGUUCUUCGUUCUUCUACUUCUUCUUUCUUCUUCCUCUUCCUCCCCCUUCAUCUUCCUUCUACUUUCUUCUUAUCCUUCCUCCUUCUUCCUCCUCCUCCUCCUCCUUCUUUAUGCCACUUCUUUUUUCCCUAUUCAUCAUCUUCAUUCUACUUCUUUUUUCUUUUCCUCCUUCCUUUCUUUUUCAUUUUUCCUUCUUCUUCCUCCAUUUUCUUCUUCCUUCUACCUCUUCCUCUUCCUUCUUCUUAUUCCUUCUUUUUCUUAUUCCUUCUUCGUCCAUCGCCUUCUUCUGUCCUCUUCUUUCUUUCUUCUUCUUCUUCUUCUUUUGCAGGGAAAAACUCUGGAAAGAAAGUUAUGAAACAACGAGGUUAG